UUUAACCGGCUUGUUGGGUUAACUUUUGUUUAUCUCCGUUGCUCUGGAUCGAUGGUGCCUACCACACGGAUGACGUCACUUUGACGCCCACUUUUAAUCGCAGAGGCUGCUGGGAAGAAAGGUCAAGAAUCGAUGGCCGAGGCAGGCACGGAUUAAACGUUACUGCUGCAAGACAUAUCUCUUAAAUAUAACUAACCUACUGGUACAGGAACAAACUGCUUUGUUAUUUAAAAUGGGACGUGCACGCCUUGCGUCCUGUAAUACUGCGAACAUUAUGAUGAGCUAUCGUGCGUUUUUUAGACUCAGUCGAGCUAGCUGCCGUUAGCUGGCUAGCAUCUGCAUUGUUAUUGUUUUCGCUUCAGUAGGCGACCAUAACACACGAUCACCCGAGGUUCCCCAGCCGAGGCAGGGGCUCGGACUGCGUGAGUGAUGGUUUUUUGUCCGCCCCGGGAAGAUGGAUGACAAGUCCAGCGGCAGCAGCAGCAGCAGCCACCACCGGGUCCUGAUCGUCCUGCUCAUGGUGUUGCUCUUUGGCGUCAUUAUGAUCCAGUAUGUUUGCCCGAGCAAGUCUGAGUGCCAGAUACUCCACCAGCUGGGGACGUGGUUUAAGGACGGCAGUGCAACUGGUUCCCGGAGCAGCGGCAACACAAUCCUGGACGGGCUACAAAAGGAUCCGUACAUCGCAGAAGAUGGUGCUCUGGUCCGCUUCGUCCCUCGCUUCAAUUUCACCAAAUCUGAUUUAAAUCGCGUCGUGGACUUCAACAUCAAAGGAGAUGAUGUUAUAGUCUUUCUGCACAUUCAGAAAACGGGUGGCACAACGUUUGGUCGACACCUGGUGCGUAAUAUUCAGCUGGAGAGGCCCUGCGAGUGCCAUGCAGGUCAGAAGAAAUGUACCUGUUACCGGCCUGGUAAAAAGGAGACCUGGCUGUUCUCCCGGUUCUCCACCGGCUGGAGCUGCGGGCUUCAUGCGGACUGGACCGAGCUGACCAGCUGCGUCCCGUCACGCAUGGACUCCCGAGAGGCUCCCGUGGACCUGCCCAGGAACUAUUAUUAUAUAACCAUCUUAAGAGACCCAGUAUCACGCUACCUGAGCGAGUGGCGUCACGUGCAACGUGGUGCUACGUGGAGGGCCUCCUUACAUGUGUGCGAUGGACGUUCACCAACACUGUCUGAGCUGCCAAGCUGUUACUCUGGAGACGACUGGUCCGGUUGCUCCCUGCAGGAGUUCAUGGACUGCCCCUACAACCUGGCCAACAACCGGCAAACCCGCAUGCUGGCGGACCUCAGCCUGGUGGGCUGCUACAACGUCUCCACCAUGAGCGACGACGAGCGCUGGGCGUUGCUUCUGGAGAGCGCCAAACGCAACCUACGCGGGAUGGCCUUUUUUGGGCUGACAGAGUACCAGCGUAAGACCCAGUAUCUGUUCGAGCGUACCUUCCACCUGGAGUUCAUCGCGCCCUUCACGCAGCUCAACGGCACGCGCGCCUCGGGCGUUGACGUCCCCAAUGAGACCCAAUACAGAAUCCUCCAGCUAAACCGGUGGGACGUGGAGCUGUACGAGUAUGCUCGUGAUCUCUUCCUGCAACGUUUCCAGGUGGCGAGGCAGCAGGAGCGCAGGCAGGCCAGGGCGAGGCGGCAGCAGGAGAGGAGGCGGCUCCGAGGAAGGAUCACAACAAAGCAAGGGAGGCAGCUGAAGCCCACAGAUGCUCCCCGUGGCCCUCUGAGCCACUCCAUAGUAACUGAGGGGCAGCUGAGGGGAAAGGCUGGCGGAGACGGUGAGGAGUCAGAGGUGCUACUCCCAGACUGGUGGGAUCUGGAUGAGAACGGCACCAUGGAGGACUACACGGACAAUGUGGAGCAGUGGAAGUGAGUGACUGGAACAAGUCUUAAUACUAAGUGGGCCAUGUUCUGCCUUGUCUGUUAAUGAUAAUUAAUCAAAGAUGUUUUAGUAUAUGCCUUCCACUAAAUUGUCUUUUUUUCUCAUUAACCAAUGACACACUUAUUUAUUGAUACUGAUUGUAUUUCUUUUCCACAACUGACAUUCUUAAUGAAUACAUUUCUUUAACGUAAAGAGAGGCUUGUUUAGGUAACUGCAAUGCGUUUACCUUUCAGUGAUCACACAAGCCUUCUAGAUUGUUCUCCUGGCUUUACAACACAUCUGAGCUCUUGUGAUGUAGCUUGGAAUGAGG